UUUUAUUUUGAAGGGCUUGACCGGAACACUUGUAUGCAUUGUAGCUGAAGUUACCCCCUCUCUUCGUCGACCUAUUGUUGAGCAGGUAUCUGGUGCUUCUCGACCAGAGGCGAAGGGGACACAACAACAUGUGGGCCUUUUUCUACCCAUGGUUUGAAUUGUGACAUAGUCACGCGGACACAUGGAUAGUGUUGGUGGAGACAACUGGCCAAGACGCAGAAGGACCGCGCGAGUCGUUUGCAGGCAGCAAAAGGGAGCACGGGUGGACAAGGGUGGUGUGCUGCGCUGUGUGAGCGUGGGAAAUACGGAAGACCAUGACAUGGAGGAGGACACGGGCCCCUUCAAGCAGAAUAGCCUGGAGCGGAGGGUCAUGACGCCUCGCUACAGUCUUUUGCGAGAGGUAGGGAGGGGUACAUACGGCGUCGUGUACGAAGCCGUGGCCCGGAGGUCCGGUGCUAAAGUUGCUGUGAAGAAACUGCGGUGCGACGCGCCGGAAAACGUGGAACUCGCUUUGCAGGAGUUCUGGGCUCUAGCAAGUCUGGAGAAAAGGCAUGAGAACGUGGUUCAGCUGGAAGAGUGUGUGCUACAGAGGAACGGUAUGGCCCAGAAAAUGAGUCACGGGAACAAACUGUCCAAACAGUACCUGCAUCUGGUAGAGACUUCACUAAAAGGUGAGAGAGUGCUCAGUCCUCCAGAGGAGCCUUGUUAUCUUUGGUUCGUCAUGGAGUUCUGCGAAGGUGGUGACCUCAACCAGUUCAUCUUGUCUCGGCAGCCUGACCCACAAACUAAUAAUAGCUUCAUGCUUCAGUUGACCAGUGCCGUGGCUUUCCUGCAUGAAAAUAAUAUUGUCCAUAGAGAUCUUAAACCUGAUAACAUCCUCAUCUCAGAGAAGUCAGGGACUCCGGUCCUCAAGGUGGCAGACUUUGGCUUGAGUAAAGUUUGUGCUGGUUUGGGUAACACCAAUGAGAGCAAUGAAAGUGAAGAUAAGAACAAAAACAUCAAUGUCAACAAGUUUUGGUUGUCAUCAGCAUGUGGCUCAGACUUCUAUAUGGCUCCAGAAGUGUGGGAGGGCCACUACACAGCCAAGGCGGACAUAUUUGCCAUAGGUAUCAUCAUCUGGGCAAUGUUGGAGAGAAUAACUUUCAUUGAUGCAGAGUCUAAGCGGGAAUUGCUUGGAACAUAUGUAAGACAAGGAGCAGACAUUGUACCAGUGGGUGAGGCAUUGCUAGAGAAUCCAAAGAUGGUACUGAGCAUCCCACAGAAACGCAGGUCAUGCAUGUCUGAUGGGGUGAAAAAGCUGCUUCAGGAAAUGCUCGCCGUUAAUCCUCAGGACCGGCCUGAUGCUUUUGAGCUGCAAGCCAGAAUGGAUCAGGUUAUGUGUGCCGCUUGACCCUCAACCAGGAUGUUUUACAGACAUGUGUUGCUACCUGGAAAUUCUACAGCAGUGACGGUCUCCCUGUGCUGAUCUAAAGUCUGAAAAUAAAGGAGAAGCAAAGGCAGUGAGAAUGAGAAUGGCACCAAGAAUGAGAACUAUAUAUAAUAAAUAAAUCGUUUUAAGAAUUAUUUUCCUCAUGAAAGAAACAAUGAGAUUGCAUCUGAAUUCACUGUGUCAUGUUGAACAUGGCAGAUGACACUGGAGAGAGUCAUUGCGACUGAAGAAAAAACACAUUUCUGUUCAACAAAUCUGAUUUAUAAAGACGUUAACAGGAAUAAGGUCAUGUGUGAUGGAAAGGGGCUGAUGCAAUGAGCUGGUGGUGUUUUGUUUAUAACAUGUUUGAAGCUGGGACACAGCUGGAGCAUGCACCAGGUGCUCACUGCAGCAUUUCACAGAUCAUCAUCAUCCUGUUGUGAAGAUGCUCACAUUGUAAUCUUUGUUGCUAUCUUAGUGUUGGCAGCCUUGAAACCUGCAGUUUUGAUGCUGAAUGGGAAUAUUUUGUUUACAACUAGGCCAUCUGUCAGUUCAGAUAGAUUGUCCUGCCUAUAAUAUUCUUUAUUAAUAUUCUAAUAAAGUGAAGCAUUGCAUCUACUAGUAGAAUACUUAAUUAAUGUGAUGUAGCCACAUCAUCUUUUAGACAUAUGGAGACAUUCCCAUCAGAAAACAGGGCAGUGGUACUGCAUUGACUCAGAAGCAGCACAGUGACUCUAAAGCAAAGCCAGUGUAUAUGUUUGUGUGUUAACAGGGAUAUGGGCCUCCACACGGCUAGCACUUUAAUAAAACUACAGGAAACCA